GUUCGGGCCUCGGGGACGGCCGCGCCAAGAAUCCGUUGCAUUCCGCUGCAUUGUUCGUAGCACGCGUUCCGCGGAACGAUCGGUCUAGGUCGGCUGUGGGUCGGUUCGUUUCACCCACGUGUUUCCGGACUCGUGGAUGACACGGGAUGCUGACGGCCAGGACGGUGUAACUCGCCUGCCUCCCUCAGUCUACCCCGUUUCCGUUUCACGGCAACGAUCGAUUUUCGCCACGUCCACCCGCGCCCUACGCCUAACGCGCGCGCGGUUCUACACUGAAAAAAAAGAUUGACUGCUGCAGCAAAUUAAAUGCUCAACGCAUAACGAGAUAGUUAACUCGUUAUCUCGGAAACAAAGCCGGCAAAGAGGGUCGGCGUAUGGUCAACAAACUAUUAUCGUCGCUUUAAUACACCACCUGAAGUCUGCUUUCUGGCAAACAAUAUUUAUUCUACAUACCCGGGGCACACGUGAAAUCUUACGAUACGAAUAGACGGAAAUAAACUGUAUUUAUUAAGAACGAUUUUCUAACACCAACUGAAAAUGUCGGACGUUGAAGGUGAUGACGAGUUUCAAGAUGCUCAGGAAUCAUUACCACAACUCGCGUCUAUGGAUUUGGAUACAGCGAUAAUGGAAGCAAAAAAGGCGAUUCACUGUUUCUUCAACAAUGACUUCGAUGAAGCGAGAAAAAUCCUGGAGCCAUGGGCGGACAGCAGCAUGUACCAUUCUCUAGGGACUAGCGUAUUCGCAUUUUUGGAGGCGAUUCUUACAUUCGAACAAAAACACAUCGAGAAGGCAUCAGAGAAGUUGAAACAGUGUAUGAGCGUGUGUUCCAAACAUCGAAAGCACACCAGUAUUACGCAAAACAUUGGGAAAAUGGUCAAGAAGAUUAACUACGACGCUUACACGAACGAGGAGGUGCAUGCGGAACUCUGUUAUGCCGAGUCGCUCCUUUUAAAAUCGAUGCUCACAUUUGUGGAAGAUGAAACUCUGGUCAGCUUUGUCAAGGCAGGACUGAAAAUUCGUACCUGUUUUCUGUCGUACAAAGAAUGCAUGACGGUUUUGAAAAGCCGGAAGUGGGGAAACGACAUUCAUAAAGUGCAUUUCGAGAGUGGCGUUCGCAUGGGCAUCGGCGCGUUUAAUUUGAUGAUCUCAUUAUUACCGGCGCGUGUUAUUAAAUUGUUAGAGUUUAUCGGAUUUUCCGGCGAUAAGGAAUACGGUCUAAUGGAAUUGAAAGCAGGCUACGAUGAAAGAAGAGGAUUGCGACAAAUCCUAUGUGUGAUGAUUCUGUUGUCCUACAAUUUGAUAGUCAGCUUCGUGCUGAGUCACUCGGACGGCGAUCUGGAGUGGUGUGAGCAAGUAUUGGAACAGGAAUUGAGCCUCUAUCCGAACGGUGUGUGGUUCCUGUUUUUCAAGGGAAGGCUAGAAUUCACGCGAGGUAAUUUCGAGGAAUGCAUAGACUGGUAUAUAAAGUCGUGGAAGAGUCAGAAUGUUUGGCCACAGUUCCAUCAUAUCUGUUAUUGGGAAUUGAUGUGGACGCACUGUUCGCUGCAACAGUGGAGCAAUGCGGCCACGUACGCCACGAUGUUGGUAAACGAGUCCAACUGGUCGCGCACCAUGUACUUGUAUCAAAAGGCUGCAAUCCUGCUUAUGCAGAAACCGACAAUUUGGAGUGAGGAGAAACAGCUGAUCGACAACCUAAUGAUGCUGGCACCGACCUACAAGCAGCGUAUUGCUGGCAAGUCGCUGCCGAUGGAGAAAUUUAUAAUCAAAAAGACUCAGCGUUAUUUCGCACAAAAGAAGUACCUAGUCGUGCCCGUGUUUGAGCUUAUGUAUGUGUGGAAUCUGUUCAGGAUAAUAGGCAAACGGCAAGACCUGUUGUUAAAUAUAUUCAAGAAGAUAGAAGAAGAGGAGAGGGAACUCCAAACAGCCUCGAAAAGUAAUUAUCAUGCAGACAACAAAGCACUCCUGUUGCUACUGAAAGGCGCUUGUCUACGACAAAUGCAGCAUCCUUUACUAGCGGAGGAAUGUUUGCGACAAGUUUUACAAUUGGAAAAGUCUGUCAAAGAGGACACGUACUUAUUUCCCUAUGCCACCGUAGAAUUAGCGUUAUUGGCGCAAGAUCAGGGUGAUAUUCAACUGGCUAUAGGCUUUUUGGAAGACGCUAAAAAAAACUAUACGGGCUACUUAUUAGAAUCUAGAUUGCACUUUAGAAUACACUCCGAUCUAAUGAUAUUGACCAGCAAGAACAACAAUCAUACAAUGAAGAAGCACAGGAACGAUCAUCUGCUGGAAACGGCUAUCGUUACCAAUAAUAGCGUUAUUAUCGCGGGUCCAAGUGCCGACGAAAUUAAGACAUAGAAACAUUGUAAAGCAUAUCGGUAAUCUACUUAUCUUUAUGUAAAUUCUUUUGUACCUUCCUAAACAACAUAUUGUAUGACGAAGACUCUUUUUGCGAAAAAUGAACUGGACGAUCGUUUUAUAACUCUUCUCUAAUAUCGAAUGGCCUUGCGUAUAACUUUCGUCUGGCGUCGCUCUCUGUAGAGUCCAAGGAAUUUAUCACAUCUCUUUCAAAGAUUGGGCACAUUUUCUAGCGCUUAAUAUUAAUAUAUAAAUUAUUUUCUUUCACGAGAAAGACGACAAUUUAGUAAUAUAUA